AGCUCUCCAUGGUGCUGAAAGCAGAAAAACACAUUUGAGCUCCAGUUACAGUACGAGCAAAACGCACACACACAGCACUCAAGAGAGGAAACAUAAAACCAGGAAAAGCGACACGCAUGUACGUAUGUGAGUGCGCGUAAUGAGCCGCUGAAGGCACCUAGUGUGAGGAAAUGGUUUUAUCGAGGGAGGAGAGGUCGAGAGGAUGACGAUGUAACGGAAGGUGGCCACAGUAAGCGGUGGGCGUGUUCUCGUUUUGAUCUAUCACUGGGAAGCCCGGUGUCAUCUGUUCCGGCACAGACCUGACAGUUCAGACCUGUGAGGACCAGCUGGAACGUUGAUGGAAAAGCACAUCUCUGGGCUCGGGGUGGCGAUUCCUUUCACCAUGUGUCACAAUGCGGGAGAUUUUGUGCAUUUGUGCAUGGGACCCAAGGAAUUGAUGUGAAAUUCAAAGACUUUAAAGGCUGGAAGUGCGAGCCAGCGAGCCAGCCAGCCAGCCAGCGGUAUUUUGAGGUGAGCGCGCGUGUAUGUGUCAUGCUCACAGCGGCGGCGUUGGAGGUGACGGCGGGUGCGGUCUGCAGCUCUGCUGCGUCUUCCGUCCUUCUCUAGUAUGUGCUGAUGUGCGGAGUGGUAAAGCUGGCACCUGGCAAGGAGCUUGGCACCAUCGGAUCUCCCCUUUUCCCGCCUGAGGGGAGGCUGGAGCGUCGGGUCUUGCACUCAAUGGCCCAGUUCCUCUCGAGCACCAGCCUCAUCCCGGGUCACCGGGACUCCAUCUAGCAAGCCGAGCGUUUGGACCAUACAAUGGAUGGAUUUCUCUGUGGAUUUAAGAGGAAUAGUGCACUGGUGCUGCAGCAAAGGUCGGAGUGCGUACUGGAUGUGCCUGGUGAAGACAGAAGAUUCACUGGUGAACAAACCAGCAGGGACACAAGACCACUUGGGAUCAUUUGAAGAAUGAUGAGCUCCAAGGAAGGGGAAACUAUCCGCUUCUUCCAGUAUGUCGAGGAGAAUGGACUGAAAGCUUACAACGGCCUGCUGGCUCAGAACCUGGACCACGCCAGGAAUGAGAAGAAUAGGCUGUACCUGCAGGAGAAAAACGACAAGAAGAGAAAGCAGCAGGAAGCCAUAAGGAGGACGGGGGAGGACAUAGUAGCAACAGAAGGCAAGCACUUACGUAUGGGCUCCAUCACCAUGCCAGACCCGCAGGAACGCAUGCCCAUGCCCCAUCCGCACGCUCUGGCCUGUGGGCAGGGCUUCUCCGUGCGCUCCCAGUCCCUCCACUCCGUGGGCGGCAGCGGUGGGGGCGGAGACGAAGAGGUGGGGAGCCCGACCUCCAGGAAGCAGCCCCCGCCCAAGCCCAGGAGGGACCCGGCCACCAAGCUGAGCAUGUCGUCCGAAGCGGUGGACCACAGCCCCGUGUCGGCCUGUCGUGGAGACAGAUGUGAUGUUCAAGGAUGCAGUGAGGACUGCCGGCGGGUGCCACCGCCCAAACCCAAGAGGAACCCAAACACACAACUGAGCGUUUCCUUCGACGAGUCUUACAUCAAAACUCACAGCGGUGGAGUGUGCCCGGCCAAAGCGCUCCACCGCAGCUGCUCCCCGUGCGAGCGCAACGCCUCGCCGCCGCAGAGCGACGACAGCCCCACCGACGACUGCGAGGACGAGCCCGUCUACAUCGAAAUGGGCGGGAUAGACGUCGGGGCGCGAGAACUCUCGAAAAGCGAGGACGAGGAGCCGGGGGAGUCGGUGUACGAGGAGAUGAAGUACCCCAUGCUGGAUGAUAUGGAGUACCGUACUGACCCGGUGGGGUGUCGCUCGGCAUGUCCCACCCCUGCACCGUAUGACCCCGAACCUCUCAGCCGAUGCUCCACUCCGAGAAACAUUCCUUUCUGUGACAUUCCUGCUCCGUUUCCCAACUUACUUACUCACAGGCCUCCACUGCUGGUGUUCCCUCCAGCCCCGGCCCAAUGCUCGCCCAAUUCGGACGAGUCCCCCCUCACCCCGCUUGACGUUACCAAAUUGCCAAUGAUGGAGAACCAACCUUAUAGCAAAUCGCCGACCUCUUCUGCCGAGCCAGCCUCUUCGGCACACAUCCGUAGAGAGCUGACGGCCACCCCGACCCUCACCGUUUCUGGCCGCUCCUCCGCACCUCCCCUGCCUUGUACGCUCUACAAAUCAUCCACCUCAUCGUCCUACCAACGCAGCCACUCGGCGUGCCCGUCCCCGGUCAGCAUGGGACGCUGCCUGACCCCGUUGAGCCUCAUGCGAACGCCGCCGUUCGACGCUGCGGUGCCAUUUCCGGGGGGGCUGCCGAGAAGCGCCUCGGCCACCCCUCAUGGCAAAGGGUCACCGCCCCAAGAUGGUGUGGCACGACUCCAUGGCUCCAUGCAGAAUGUGUCGACGGGGCGUUCGCGGACACCCACCAGCCCGCUGGAUGAACUGACCAACCUGUUUACCACUGGCAGGAACAUGCUGAAGAAAAACGCCAGUGGGAGAAAAUCCAAAGAGCCCGGAGAGACUGAGUCCAAAAGUAAGUCCCACGGUGAGUCCAAACGUGAAGGCAAGGAACGGCACGGUCACAGCAAGGAAUCCAAGCGAGACUCGAAGGAGCGCCACGGCAAAGAGUCCUCUCAUCGCAGAGACAGAGACAAAGACAGAGACAAAGACAGAGACAAAGACAGAGACAAAGACAGAGACAGGGAUAGAUCCAACAACAUAGAGUCACUGGCCCACAGGCGCAACAGCAAAGACCGAAGCAACGUGGAUGCAGCACUUGUCCGCAGGGACAGUCGGGAAGGCAGAGACCAAGGCUACAGCAGUGUGGAGCCCAUUCCAGUUAGGUGGGAUUCUAAAGAAAGGAGCUGCAGCUCCGUGGAACCCAUUCCAUUGAUAAGAAGAGACUCAAAAGAUAGAGGGAUUAGCAAUGGAGACAUGAUGCCGAGGCGAGACAGUAAGGACAGGGGUCCAGGACACGGAAUGGAGUCUUUAGUCAAACAGGAAAACAAAGACAGAGAGCGACUCCUCGAUCAGGCGCCAGAGUUAUUACCCAGACAAGACAGCAAAGAGGGUGCUCGAAACGGUGGAGACUGCAGACACGACGGCAGAGAGCGACUGCUGGAUCAGCCACCGGAGCUCAUACCCCGACAGGAUAGCAGAGAGCGUGUGAGAAAUGGGCUGGACUCAAAGCACGAUAGCAGAGACAAGCCACCUGAGCUUCUGCCCCGACAGGAGAGCAAAGACAGAUUUAGAACCGCGUCCGAAUACAGGUAUGAUAGCAAAGACUAUCGUCCCGAUUUAUUAGCCCGACAAGACAGCAAAGAGAGGGCGAGGAACGACAUGGAGCACAGACACGAGGGCAGGAUAGACCAGCCGCCUGAGAUCCUUCCCAGACAAGAGGCACCCAGGAGCAGCAGCAGCAGCAGCAGCAGCAGUAAAGAAAGGUCAGGAUUUGUCCCCGAAUCAAAGCAUGAGGGAAGAGAGAGAAACAUCCACAACGGAGACCUUCCACCACCUUUUCUACCAAGGCAGGACAGUAAAGAUCUGAGCCGGACUGGCCUGGAAGUAAGACCGGACAGCAAGGACAGAAGUCCCAAUGGCUCGGAUCAGCGCCAGUAUGAUGGGAAGCUCCCAAAGAGCCCUACCGCGAUGGAGUACAGGUGCGACAGCAAAGAGAGGGGACACAGAUGUGACGGAACGCCACGACGAGAGAACAGAGCAAAUCAGAGUACGCACCCGUCCAAAGCACAAGAGAGAAGCGGGAGCACAGUGUCGGGCCAGCAUUCCUGCACCACCACGCCUACCCACCACAGCAGAACAACGGGGAGCCCGCCGAUGACCGUGGGCGCCGGAAAUGAUAUGAAAGCAGCGCCUAAGUAUGCCCGCUCGCCUUCCAUGUCCGCUAACCCGUCCCCAAUCGGGACGCCACAAAGGAGAGCGGCAGAGGCCCAUCACAGCCAGCAGAUGCCCCAGAUGCCGUGGAUCUGCGGCGACACCACCAUGCUGGAGCAGAUUGAGAGGAAGCGAACACUCUGCAAAGAAAUCCGGUCCAGGCAACAUCCUCAACUGCAGCGGUAUCUGGAGAGGCCUCCUCCGGACAGGAGUGAGGAUCGGCCAAGUCAGUGCAAGCAAGAGAGUGCCCCGGUCCUCCCGCCUUGCGGGAAGAGCGGCGGGGCCAAGAAGAUCCGUCCUCCUCCUUACCCAACGCAGACAACUGUAUUCUGGGACACUGCCAUCUGACUUGAUCCAAACACACCUCCCAUGUGCCACACAAGCCAGAAUGAGCCCCCUUCCUCUCCCCUCGAGGGAUCAUCCAGACAACCAACCAACCAGAGCACCAGAAGGAUGAUGCUCACUGAUGUCAAAGGACAAUGGUGUUACCAUAGCAAUAUUUCUGCUUGUUCAGGUUGUCAUGUUUUCUUAUCAUCGCUGGUGAUAUUUGAUAUUUUUCUAUUUCAUGUGGCUGGAUUCUUGUAAUAUAACCAGUCGAGUAGAUAUUUGAUCAAUAGAUAUUUUCUAAAUCAGAUGGGGAUUCAAGAGCAUCCGAAAUGAUGUAUAGCAGAUGGAGAUGCCAUCUAACCUUUUGUUAUUUUAGGAUUGUUUUUUUAUGUUUUGCCGAUUACUUUGACCUUAAAUACUCGAUGAAUACUUGUCCUGUGGUAGCAUAAUGUUUUUCUUUCGACCCGACACCUUUUGAAAGCACUACUUAAGAUGAAUGAUGUGUUCAGUUUUGUCUUCAACUAUUUGGAAUUUUCACUAUUGUGUUGUCAGUCGAGGAGUUGUGUCGACAUUAGGGAUGGGUUUAAUCGGUUGUUAAGUGAGUGAGGAGAGAAUUGUCGAUUCAUCGUGUUUGGAAGCAUUUAAGACAAAAUGGAGUGCACUCGGCGCUGCCGAUUCAGUCGGUUCAUUUUUCAUCUGAAAAAACGCAACACGGCAGCUAUGCGAAGUUGAGCUUCAUCCGCACAUUUUUCACCAUCGUAAUACAACACUGUCAUCCGCUCGACUUCAGAACAAUCCCAAAAGGAUUGUCCAAUCCCAUUAAGCCAAACAACAUCUUUCCAUAGUCGACAAGGAAAUGGAGUGAAAUGCCCAUCCCUAACGGACAUGCUGUAGAUUGCUAUCCGCGCCCACUUGAGCUCAUUUCAAAUGUAUAAUGGAAAGAAGUCACUUCAUCAGUCUCUUAGAGGGGGGAACUUUGUCAGAGUGUCGUAGGAUGACAGAGGAAAUGUGACGAUGAUAUCUGUAGUAUUGAACCACACCAAUACGGGUGUGUCGUAGCAAAUUAGAAAAGACAUUAUUAACAGUAUGAUUUCCAAAACCAGCCAAAGCCUGUUUUAAGCGAGAAACUGUGUGGUUGCACUUUGGAUGGGUUGGUUAUUCAAAAUGGGCUUGGUGGCAAUCCACUCGACGCCGGCGCCUUUACUUUGCCAUGCACACUGCAAGUACCAGUACACAGUGUAAAUACUUGAUGCCAAUAACCAGCCUGUACAAUCAACACCUGAGCUUUUAGAACCUGUCUUGAUUUUACUGCAGAUUAUAAUAGCCAUAUGCACUUGCUUAAGAAAUAACUUUCAAGAUGAUGCUUCUAUACAGUAUAUAUUUUUGAAAACGUGACAAGUAGCGAGCUGUGCCAUGUGCCGCGUUUUAUUUUGCCAGGGAAGUCAAAGCUCCAUUCGGGAUUGGCUGUGUGUGUGUGUGUGUGUGUGUGUGUGUGUGUGUGUGUGUGUGUGUGUGUGUGUGUGUGUUUGACAUGCAGUCAUUGACUGAUUGGUUGCCCCCGCAUCGAUUGCGAUUGGCUGGAAACAUUUACGGAGAUCAUCGAGGACCUAUGUCAUGGCCAACAGCUCAAGAAAUGAAUCUAAGGGCAGGGGCUUUGCACAAAGGCCUCCAAAUCUCGGGGGUUUGCCAAGAAAACUGCACUGCCCAUCAUCGUUCCAUCACAUCCAAUCAGGCUGGUAACAAUGUUCCUUCUCCCUCAGCUGUCUCCCUCUACCUCAACCUCCUGUUUUCAUCAUCUCAAUUGGUUCCCUUUUGCACAUUCAAAUGCAAUGUCCACAUUGCCAAAUAGUAUGGGUUGGACGGAUGAGCUACAGCCCUCAGAGUGCAAGUGCAGUAACCCCCUCUCGUGGUGCCAAUCAGCGCCGCAGCCCUCUGUGUUGAGAGAGAGAGCGAGAGCGUGCCAGGGAGUGACCUCUGUGUUUGUGUGUGCCUAGCUACACUGUAUGCAAGCUGAAUCGAAAGAAAAAAUAAAUAUGAUUGUUUUAAAAUGUUAACUUUGCCCCGCACCCAUAAUAUUCGGGAAGGCGGGGUAGGGUUUUGGAAAUGUAAUAAUGAUGAUGUACAAUCUUUUUGUGUGUAUAAACGUGCACUGUGAAAAGGUAGAGAGAGCACCGCACUGUCAGAGUCCUCUGUCUUAUUGCACUUAUUGAGUGUUCUCUUGUUUUGCGUAUUUCAAAAAAAUAAAGGAAAAAAAACUUGUUUGAGGAAAAAUAAGCAUUGUAUUCUGAUUGUCACUUGGGUUUGUUAAGAGAAAUAAAUAAAUAUGAACUUGAAACCUA